AUGCCUCAGUCCGUCGCCUCCGCCACCUAUGGCCCCAUCUUUAUUGGCGUUGUCUUCAACGUGCUCCUGUACGGAGUAACGAUCACCCAGACAUACAUUUACUUCACCACCUUCAAAAAGGACCGCAUACGGAUGAAGGCGUUCGUCGGCCUUCUUUUGCUCUGUGACACCGUGAACUGCGCAUUCGACAUCACCUUUCUUUACACGGCGCUCGUCACCAACUUCGGCAACGUGUCGGCGCUCACGACAGCCACUUGGGUUUUCGCCACAGACGCUGCAAUGACAGCCAUCAUCGGGAGCCUUGUGCAACUGUUCUUCGCGUGGCGUGUCCAGGUCCUCACGAACAACACCCUUGCCGUGGUCGUCAUCGCCGCAUGCGCCAUUAUCCAGCUCCUCGGAGGAAUAGGAAGCUCGAUCGCCACGGGGAUGAUACCCGAGUUCGUUGAGUUCCGGCGGUUCAAAGUGAUCGUCAUCAUCUGGCUGUCGUUCUCCGCCAUGGCCGACUGCCUGAUCACGAUCGUCCUGGUCGGGUACCUGCGCCGCCACAAGACCGGGUUCGGUCCGAUAGACGACUUCGUGGACAAGAUCAUUCGAAUCACCGUUCAAACGGGCCUCAUCACGGCCCUCUGCGCGAUCGUCAACCUGGUCCUGUUCUUGGCCAGCCCGACAGGUCUCCACCUGAUCUUCAACCUCCCGCUCUCGAAGCUCUACACGAACUCGCUCAUGUCGAGCCUCAACUCGCGCGCUGGAUGGAACUUCGGUUCGCCCGGCAGCGGCGGCGACGGCGGCAACCGCCGCAACUUUGGCGUCCGCACCGUCGAGGCGAGCCAAAUGACCCCGAGCGAGGUGUACGUCGAGGUGGAAUCGCACCAGAUGGUGGACGUCGUGGACGCGAAGGGCGUGUACCCGCCGGAGCCCGCGCUGAACACGCACGGGUACAGCAAGCGGUCGGUGGUGCUCACGGCCGGCAGCGCGCCGUCACCGCGGUCGUAA